UCGGCGGCGGGGGAGCCACCACCGCGCGGCGGCGUGGGGAAGGGAUGAUGCCUGAGCACCUGACCAGGGGUGGGGCCUCGGCAAGCUGCUUGAAGCUCGGCGGUGGUUUCCUGACAUUUUCCUGUCUUCCAGUUCCGACGUGCUUUCCCGUUUACAGCCCGCGCUUCCAAGGAGAGCAGCUGCAGCCCUGUGACCGCCGCCGGCCCCGCGUCCUCCCCGGCUGUGGCGAUGGCGAGGCUGUGGCUGUGCGCGGCAGGUGCCGCCGUCUUUCUUUUCUGUCUGCUUUUGCAUUCGCGUUUUUGUGGCUGUCCGGUUUCAAGGAAAUUUGCCUUUCAGUUUUCCUGGAGAAAGGAGGAAGUGUUUUACCGUCUGGAUUUGGGGUGGCCCAAAUAUUCGGAAUACUUCACUGGAGUGACGUUUUGUGUUGCAGUUGACUCCCUUAACGGAUUGGUUUAUGUAGCCCAAAGAGGGGAUAACAUCCCAAAGGUAUUAGUGUUCACAGACGAUGGAUAUUUCCUACGAGCCUGGAAUUACACAGUUGACACACCUCAUGGUAUGUUUGUCUCCAGCACACCACAUGAACAAUCCGUCUGGAUCACGGAUGUAGGAAGUGGAUCCUAUGGUCAUACUGUUAAAAAGUACAAUUCCUUUGGUGAUCUUGUUCAAGUCUUGGGUACCCCAGGCAAAAAAGGCACAGGUUUGAAUCCUCUGCAGUUUGACAACCCUGCAGAAUUAUAUGUGGAGGACACAGGAGAUAUUUACAUCGUGGAUGGAGAUGGGGGACUGAAUAACAGAUUGGUCAAACUGUCCCAAGAUUUCAUGAUCCUCUGGCUGCGUGGAGAAAAUGGGUCAGGACCAGCUAAGUUCAACAUACCUCACAGUGUUACACUUGACUCUGAUGGCCGGGUGUGGGUUGCUGACCGAGGAAAUAAAAGGCUCCAAGUAUUUGAUAAAGACACUGGGGAGUGGAUAGGAGCAUGGAGUAAUUGUUUCACAGAAGAGGGACCAUCUUCAGUCAGGUUCACUCCCAAUGGGAAGUACUUGGUCGUGACCCAGCUGAACCUCAGCAGGCUGUCCAUCUUGGCUGCUCCACCUGUGGGAAGCAUCGGUGACUGUUCUGUGGUCAGCACCAUCCAGCUGGCCGAUCAGGUUCUGCCACAUCUCCUGGAAGUUGACAGAAAGACCGGAGCCAUCUAUGUAGCAGAAAUUGGAGCCAAGCAAGUACAAAAAUAUGUCCCUUGGUAUAACCACGUGCCUGCCUUUCUUGUUUAGUGACUCUUUCCUGGAGACCCUUCAAGCAGCAGUCAGAUCCUCGUACUCCUGAAGUGUUGAGUGAUGUCCAAGCACAAGGGUGUAUUUUCCUUCUUCCCUCUUCUGCUUCCAGAAAGAUCUAUACUUAUGUCUUUAAGGUUUGGGUGGGAGAUGAUUCUGCCAAGAAGUAUACUUGCUGCUUGAGUGUGAGGGUGUCUUGGCCAGAGACCAGCAAGUUCGACUCCCUAGAACCCACAUUACCGAACACUGCUUGGUAGGGCCGCAUAUCUGUAACUGUACUGUGUGGGGAGCGGAGACCGGGGAGUCGCUGGGGCUUGCUAAUGGCUGCCAGCAGGUUGAGGAGGGCUUCCCAUCUCAAGCCAGAGGUGGGUGAGUGAUAAAGGACACUCUGCUCUUCUGUGCCUCACAUGCACACACGGGGCACACCCGUCUGCACACACCUGAAAACAAAGCCAUGGCCUCUUGUGAUUCUUAGGACUUAAUUGUUCUACUUUGGAAGUACCUAGGGUUUUUUUCUAUGGAUGGGAUACUGGGGAUUGUAUCCAUGGCCUUGUGCUGGGCAGCUGAGCUGUAUCACUGCCCGAGGAAUUUUUAAUGAAACAAAUGGAAUUUUUUAAAGGUGGGACCAUAAAGGGAAACUAAGACUGUAAUAAAGUUAUUUGCCUGACAUAUUAACCCUCUUUGGGUUAAACAUGGGUCCAAGGGAUAUUUUGUUGAUUUCUCGUGAAGAAUCAGCACCCUCCAGGUUUUGUAGCUUAGGUACCGUGGGCGUUGCGUGUCGGGGGCUGCUGAGUAGCGUGCAUGCCCGCGGAGCGCCCUGUCCUGAGGGCUCCAGCGUGAAGAAGGAGGGUGUGUGCCUCGCGCAGCCGCCACCAGUCGGAAGUGAGUGGGCAGACAGUCACAGCACAGCAGAGGAGAGGGGCACCGUGAGAGGAAGAGGACACAGCCCAGAUAGAGAAGGUCUACAGUUGAGACUUCUGACGAAUUUUGGUGAUGUUUUGGCCUUUUUCGUUCUUAAAAGCCCAAGUUGGCUUUGGCUCUUUAACUUUAUAAUACUUGAUAUCAACCUUUAAAAGUAAAAAUGAAAUGGCAUCUAAGCACAUUGCCCAAAGAAGUUUUAUAACUCAACAGAAUACGUUUAAAGUUACAUACAGUCAGUGUUAGCAAUAGGGCCUUUCCUCAGUCCUUCCUUGUUGUCUGUUUCUCUCUCUCUCAUAGUUUAGGAGAAUUAGAAGUAUUUCAUAAUGUUGUGCCAAAUACUUGGAGCUAUUAAGAUGAAAUUUCCUUGUCUUCCUAUCCCCCUCCACAUUAUGACUGUUGUCUGCCAUUUUCUCUAGUUGAUUCUAAAUUUUGGUGAAACUGUGCCAUAUUAGGAGAUUUUGAGUCAUUCUUCUCUUCCUCCUGUCAGCUUCCCGCUCUGUCCCAGUGUGUGUCUUUCUGUGAUGUGAGACGCGGGAUGUCUUGAGGGACUUUGCUCCUCACCUGUACUGCUGAGAGUCCAUUUUAUAGACCUGACGGCAUCUGCGCUUGUUUUUAUGCUUGGUUCACAUCUUGAUGCAGCUAAACCCUGUGCUGUAUUCCAAAUCUACUGAUGAAUGUGACCCUGCAUGAUUCUCAGUGAGACGCCGUAGUUUCCUCUUCAGAAACAUAGGGACAUCAUUUUUCUGCCCCGUGGAUGCUGUGAGCAUGAAUGUGUGACAGGUGCAAACUGCCCUUGGAGUCGAGCGCCCAGGGUGCGUUACAGACAUUUCAGUACGACAGAACCUUCUACGUGUGCCAUUUUCUUGACAGGUGCCACGUCUGCCUCAUUUUACAUAUGUGUCUGUUAUCAGAAUGUGGCUUCAUGAGGUUUAUGCUGUCAGCUAUUAAGAACUAUUGCAUGAACAGUAUUUGAAGUUUGCUUUGUUGGUGAGCCAGGACAAGAUGUGCAAGAGCCCUCCAGAGGAGGGUAGGUUAUAUAAACUUAUUUUGUCAUUUCAAAAAAGUUUUUAGCUUGUUUUAUACUAGAUUAUAAAAUCUGAGAAUAUUGCUCAUUUGUCUUCCAAGAUGUGUUCAUUAUUGUAUUUGCAAUCAAAGUAUUUCACUAUUUCCCCCAUGGAACUAAUUGGUUGAAUGAAUGAGAAUUUUAUUUUCCAUUAAAACAUAAUAAAUUUUUAGAAAAAUCA